CAACUCUGUCUCCCCGUCUCCAUCCAUGGAACAGGCAGACUCAGAUGUCUUGGAUAUCAGCACCAAAGUGCAGCUGUAUGGCGUGCUCUGGAAGAGACCCUUUGGGAGGCAGUCUGCCAAAUGGUCCAGGAGGUAGCCUAUUAAAUGCUUGCACUCCAAGCACAAGAGAGAAGAACCUAAUAAGAAGAGCAGCGAAGAUAUUAAAUGAGCAACUUUAGAAAACAGUUCAGAGGUCAGCACCGAGGUUCUUCAUCAUCAAGGAGAGUUUUCUGCUUUACUAUUCUGAGAGUGAAAAGAAGAGUUUUGAAAGCAAUAAGUAUUUCAAUAUCCAUCCCAAGGGCGUCAUACCUCUGGCUGGCUGCAUCGUGGAAGCCAAAGAAGAGCCCAACAUGCCUUUUGCCAUGAAGAUCUCCCAUGAGGACUUCCAUGGUAAUAUUGUGCUGGCAGCAGAGUCAGAAUUUGAGCAGGCUCAGUGGCUGGAGAUGCUGCAGGAGUCUGGAAAAGUGACCUGGAAGAAUGCUCAACUGGGAGAAGCCAUGAUUGAGAGCCUAGAAGCUCAGGGGCUCCAGCUGGCCAAGGAGAAACAGGAAUACUUAGAUAAGCUGAUGGAAGAGACAGAGGAGCUGUGUCUGCAGAGGGAGCAAAAAGAGGAACUGGAGCGUCUUAACCAGGUGCUAGAAGCAGAGAAGCAGCAGUUUGAAGAGGUGGUCCAGGAGCUGCGGCUGGAGCAACAGCAGAUUAAACGGGAGCUGGAACUGACAGCCCAGUCCCUCAAAGGAGUGGAGGAGGAGAAGAAGGAACUGCGAAGUCUGACAGAGUCCUUACAGAAAACACUGGAGGAGCUCUCCCGGGAAAAGCAAAGAACCCUGGAGAUGAUGGAGGAGAAUGAGAGUCAGCUUCAGCCCCUGGCCAAUGCUAGCAAGCAGACAAACCCCACCGGGGGUUUGCAGAGCAACCUGCGCCAGAUUGAGGAGAAGAUGCACCAGCUCCUUGAGGAGAAAGUCUUGGCAGACAGAAGGAUGAAGGAGAAUGAGGAGCGGUCCCGAGCCUUGGAGGAGGAGCGGGAGUUUUACUCAUCUCAGUCACAGGUGCUGCAGAACUCGCUCUCAGAACUGACUGCAGAGAAACAGCAGACAGAGAGAGACCUCAAGGCUGAGAUGAAGGUACGUAUGGAUCUAGAGAAAAGACUGAGGGAGGCUGAGGAAGCCCUACAGAGCUUGGAGCAAGGCUUAAAUUCUCUGGAUUGCAACAAAGAGAAGGAGGAGAAAAUGAAAACAGAUGUCAGCAAUUUGAAAAAGUUCUUUGAGGAGUGCAUCCGGAAUGCCGAGCUGGAAGCCAAGAUGCCCAUGAUCAUGAAGAACUCUGUGUACCUCCACAAGGCUGCCACCCGCCGGAUAAAGAGCUGCCGGCUUCACCGCAGGAGGUCCAGCGCUUCAUUGAAACAGUCCCAGUCGUUCAUCUUCUCCCAGACAGAAGCCGAUAACAUUGAGGAGCUGAAGGAGGCAGCCAAGAGGCUCACCCGGGACCAGCACUUCCGGGAAACCCUCUAUCAAAUCAUGAUGUCACAAAAAAAUUCUGCUUCAGGGGACGAAAAGUGAAUCCUCAUCUCCUCCCAUCAGGAGGGGGGUUCUGAUCUCAACUCGUUCAACUCAUCAGAAGUUAAACCACUGGGGUCAGGGGGAAGAUUUGCUCCUUUGUGGGGAAAGGGGAAGGAUGGAUGAAUGCAUCACCCUCCAGGGAUGUGGCUUUUAGUGUGUGUUCCUGAGCAGUGCCAAUCUCUCUUUCCCCAGACUGCAAGAAGGCUCUGCCAUUCCCCCAGAUCACCUCCGUUUACUUCAGCCAUUUCCACUAGGACAUGUUCUGCCAAAAUCCUACAAUCAGUGUUCAAAUGAAUCGCACGCUUUAGCUUAGAGAGUGACAAGUCAUUUCUUCACAGUCUAGUUCUGUGGCCAAAUGUAGGUGCUGCUAAUAAACCCCUUUCUUAGCCUAAUGUCUAGCUAGUGAAACUAGCAGAUGAGACUCAGCCCAAUUGCUCUGUCUUGCCUUCUUUCUCAGCUGGUCCAAUACAUCCCUCAGUAUCUGUGCUGGGAAGGGGGAUGUUCCUCUUCGUGUUGUCUAGACACGGCAGCUAUAUCAAUCUCCUGAGGUGUGCAAUGAUGUCAAACCCGGAACAACCUCUUGAUAUAGCACCCUUUAAGCAGAUAAUCAUGCAAGGCUGAGGCACCAUCCAGAGGCACUGGCUUCCUAAAUUCUGGGGGCGGGGUUACUUGACCCCUGCUCUGCCCCAGGCCCUGCCCCCACUCCAUCUCCCAAGCCCCUGCCUCUUCCCGCCCCCUCUCCGCCCCACCCCACCUUUUCCCACCCCUGCUCCUUCCCUUCCUCCCGCUGUUCCUCCUGCAUGCUGCUGAACAGCUGAUUGCAGCAGGCUGGAGAUGCUGGGAAGGACCUGACUUGUGGGGCUGCUGGUGGUUGGGAGGGAGAGGAAGGAGCUGAUCUGCGGGGCUGCCAGUGGGUACUGAGCACCCAUUUUUUUUUCCAUGUGGGUGCUCCAGCCCCAGAGCACCCACAGAAUCAGCGCCGAUGGUGCCAUUGCCAUCAGGGGCAACAAGACAACAUGGGGUGGGUGGGUGAGGAAAACCCAGCAAUGAGUCCUGCUACCACAGUCUUAGUUAAUUAACAAACAACCUGAGGAGCACUAGCUUCCUCACUGCCCAGAAUAACACCACCAUUGUCAUGUCAGCUACCUACCAGGUUUAAGUUUGGGAAACUAUCCAGGUUGUAGCAGGAUGGACGCCAUCCAUGGUUUAUCCAAGUGUUAUCAAUGGUGGUGCCCCUAUUGAGAGAUCAGGACUUUCCCUUCCAUUCCCUUUCCAUCAUGGCCUGCAUCCUUCCUGGAAUGCUGCAGAUGAUGCGUUUGUCAUGGAAGCCCAGACUUAACCUAGACUAGAAGAGAGGAUGUGCCCAGCAUGUAAUAAUACUGUAAAUUGCUGAAGAGAGCGGAAUCAUUUUUUUAUACAAACCUGAUGGCCACUAGCACCUUCUUUUAAGUAACCAGCUGUACAAGGCUUGUAUCCAGAAUACAAUAAUAAUAGUACUUAGCACUGGGCUAUAACUUACAAACAUAUGUGGUAGUGAGUAUUAAUAUCCCCAUUGUAUGGAUUGAGAAACUGAGGCACAGAAAAGUUAAGUGACUUACCCAAACUCACAAAAUUAGUGGCAGAACCUGUAUUAGAGUUCAGGGGGGUCUUGGCUUUCAACUACCUGCUCAUUCUAGUAGGUCGCUUUUCCGAUCUAUGAAGUGUUGUUUAUAGGUAGAGAGCAGCAGUGAGGCUGGAACCAGGCCUCAUGCUGUCCCAAUGAACAUGGUGUUUGUUAAGCUUGAAGAGCAGUUCUGCUGCUGUAAUUCAGCAGGGCCUGUUUUGUAUAUUAUGCAAAAUUCCAUUCUCCCCGCUCCAUCCUAAAGCAGGGCCAAACAGUGAUUCAGGAGAUACAGACGUUACCUGGGUAAUAAGCAGGAAAUUUGAGGGUAGGUCAUGGAGGCAUGGCUCGUGUCUCAUUUUAUACCUUCGUGCAGGCAGUCGCAGGCAUCCUUCUUCCAGGCAAUGAGAUGUGCCUAACAAUUCCAGUGUCCAACAUCAAAGGCAUAAAAUGUCGUCGUCAUCAGAUAAGUGACCUUGUCAAAAUGCCUCCUUAACUGUUUGGAUCCUUUUGUGUUUUCAACUCCUAUUUGCUCUGCAGAGCCAGUCAUAAGUGAUGGAAUUAGGGGUGCUGCAGAACCUCCUAACUUGAAGAGGUUUCCAUCAUAUACAGGGUUCACAGAUUGGGUCAAUGGCUCUCAGCGCUCCCACUAUACAAAUUGUUCCAGCACCCCUGGAGCCAAUACAGCUAUGGGAGAGCAAGCUGGAGUCUAUUCUUCCUUGCACAUUCCUGACCAAAACACCAUUUAAUU